AUGGCUUCCUAUGACACCGACGUUACCCAGUAUUAUAACAUCCCUUCACUUUACCCUGAAGAAUGGCCAGCAGAACUGAAUGAAAGCGAUGAUUCUGAUGGCGAAGACCCCUUGUCGUCUGGUCCCUCCACCUCAGCCUCCCAACGACGAAAAUCGAGAUAUGCUGCCCUCCAAAGGGGUGGGAGCGACCGCAGGAGCAUAGUGCCGGGAUCUCAACGGACUGGAGAUGGAAGGGAUAACUUGGUUCAAAAAGACGAGCCAGAUCCUUUGGGAUCUUCUGAUAGUGUGGUUAGGAUGUUGAAACAACGUGGUAUCGCUGAUGAUGAUGCCCGCGUUCGAAACCGUUACCUGCUCUCCUCAACAACCUUCUCACCUGCGCUCUUCCUUUCUCAAACCCACUCCUCAGAUUCUAUCCAGUCCCUUCUCGAAGGCCUGGAGUUUUUAUCUAGAUCUAUUGAUCAGAAAUCUGCGUCUUUGAAGGUUUUGGUUGAGUCAAAUUUUGAACGCUUUGUCCGAGCGAAGGCGACGAUCGAUAAUGUUUAUACGGAAAUGCGAAACCAAGGCGCACAGCCUGAUGCCCAUCCCCAAGGGUGGCUUUCUCAAAGAACCAGUGUAUCUGGUUCUCACAUGAAAGGAUCUAGUAUAGGAGUUACUGAACGCUCAAUUCCACAGAAAAACUCCCUUACAAAGGAAAGUGAAUAUGGUGUCAAGGGCAUACGCGUACCUUUAGCGGAGGCUUUAGGGAAAGUAGAAGAGGUGUGGGGCGCAGCGCUUGGGGGUCGACAGCGAGAAGAGGGUUUGAAAGCCAUUAUUGAGGCUAUGUCAACACACCGUGAGAUAUAUGAAAUUGGAUCUAAUCUCGUGCAAUCGAUCAAACAGCGAGAUUACGAGGCAGUCGUCGAUCAAUAUACACGCGCUAGAAGACACGCAAUAGACGCACGACUCAUUGCUGACCGUGCUACAGCUUCGAAGCGCCCUUUAUCAGACGAACAAGUUCACUUAAUCCUUGUUACAGGUAGAAUGUGGAUGGAUGUUGAAAAGCAAAUACAAGUGUUUAAGCGGGAUUUGUGGCGACGUUUAAGCACUAUCCAGGCAAAUACCCCCUCGAUGAGCGUCGAUGGUGGUCCCAUCGAGGAGCACAUGGAACUGAUUGCAACAUUACUUGAACUUGGUGUUGAUGAUAACCCAGUCUGGGUCUGGCUCCUCGGACGGUAUGAUUCUUUGAAAACUAAAAUUAUGGCCUUCUGUGAGCGCUCGAAAGUCGAAAUUGAAAUUCUCCGACGACGUCUAGCCAAUGGGGAUAAACCCACUCCUCAAGCUGUCGCUCCGUACAUUCAGCGGACUAACCGUGAUGGUGUCGCAAAUUCCAAAGAUCCCCUCGAUACUGAGCUUGUUAUCGAACUAUGGGAGUGCGUACAUACAUAUCUGAAAAAACUAUUAUCACUUGAAGGUGGCCUCCUUGGAGACGUCAUCGAGUUUUGGGACACCACACAAUCUUUCAUCGACGGCAGUAAGCAGAAGCUCCUCCCAGCAGGAUUCGAGGGUGAAAGCCGAAAGCACCACCGACUCUCUUCUGGAGGAGUGAGUGAUUUGAAAGAUGGAGUAAUUGAACUUGUAAAUCUCAUCCGCGAAAGCGCAGUAUCGAUAUUUGCCGAUCCUCCUAUAGAGGAUGUGUCGCUUCUACUUUCGCCACUCCCGACGAAUCCCAACUCGCCACUAACUGGCUUUACUCCAACAAACUCACGUUUCAGGAUAGACCCUAAGGAUGUGCCCCUACCGUCACCCAGGCGAGGAGAAGCAUGGGAGGACUUCGCCUUCUGGCCUCCGUAUGCAAACGCUCUUAGUGGCGUUCAUUAUCUUAGUCAAUUUCUAAUAUUAAUUGGAACGGCUGCUAGCGAGAUAGCUGCAAUGAGCCCGAUAUCAAGUGGUGGCAGUACCUACGAUAAGCUGAAGCUUCUUGUCAGUGGUACACGAGAGCGAUCAGUUCGUGCUGUAUGCGCAGCCUGGAAUAAAGACGCUGAGGGUGUGAAAUAUCUAGAGGACUGGACUAGGGACUCCGAGCGUAAGGACAUGACUAAAAUGCCCGGGCUAUUCGUGGCAUUCGAGAGUGCAGUGCUCUCCGGCAUGCAGAAAAUAUUGUAUAUAUCCGAGGCCAUGACGAAACCCGGGAUCGUCGACGUUGUCACUCCCCCACCCGCAAAACUUCUUCAAAUGGUUCGGUCGCAGUUUGUAACGAGCGUGUAUAAGGCAUUAAGUGGGCUUGUUGAAAAUGCCGAACACCCAGUUGCGACUGAAGGGGAAAAUGAAUGGAUCCUUCUCGGUCCUGUCGUUCGCAUCGGUGGAUUAGAUAUUUCGUCAUCUAUCCCCUCCUUGGGCGGCAUUGAUGCCAAGAAUAGGAACGUUCGAAUGCUCCUCACGCUCUCCAAUCUGAAGGCUCUCCGCACUGAGUACGUCCCUCAAUUGGUGUCUAACUUUGAAACUGCAUUCUCCGUUAAGUUAACCGAGGAGUCCAAAACAAUCCGCGACGUGCUUGGCCAAAUUGACACCCGCCUAUUCCAAUCAUAUACCCGGCCGAUGACCGCAACAUUAAAUUCUACUAUCCUCAAUGGAAUCACCGCUCCGGACUGGGUCCCCUUGACGAGUCGACCCGACCAAGUUCGUCCUUAUGUAUAUACAGCCUUGCUAAACCUCGUCUUAGUACAUACGGAAGUGUCUACAACUCUCCCAACCCCAACCCAAAAUUCGUCAAACACACCCGCACCGUCCCUUACAAAUGCACUUCUUUCUCAUCUCCUAACACAAAUUUCCUCAUCCCUUCUGAACGCUUUCACACAACGGCCUAAGUAUACGCUUCCUGCUCUGAUGCAAGCAACCCUGGAUACGGAAUUUAUUGCACAAACGCUCUCGCAGUACGCCACGGAGGAGGCAUCAAAAAUACAGAGCCAAAUAUAUUUGGAACUUGAUCGUCGAACUAAUAACGACGCCAGAGCUAAGUUGCAGGCUGAGUUGGGGGAAAUGAGAGGGGUUUUAAAACGGUUGCGGGAAGCGACUCGUGGGGAGUUUGCGUGCUUUAGAAAAGUAAAGAGUGCCACGACUAAGUGA